CUGGGGCCUCUCAUUUGAUCGAAAUUGUGAGGGAAGGGAAGCACAACGGCUAGUAUCUUGUGCCGAAUUCUUCCGGGUUGUCUAGGCACCGCUGAGUCGGGAGAAAUCUUGCUGUGAGCAAGUUGGUUGGCCCAGCUGACGGGUGGUCCUCCUGGGACCCUUGAAAUGGCGAAUAAAGCAGUUGCCACACUGAAAGGAUGGCUUACAAAGCUCCCCAUCAAAGCUCCGUGGAAGGUGCUUGGUGUGGCUUCAUCGCCUGAAUUCCAGGAUUACCUGCCUUCAGCACCUGAUUACAGAAAGCAUGCCCCAGCGUCACAACCUGUACGCCCAUCUGUGCCAGCAGCUCUGCCAGAACAGGUGUAUGACAUCAGAUACUGGGUGCGCGACAUAAGGAGGGAGGGGCAGUUGGUGGGUGGUACAAACAAGAAGCACAUGGUAAAGUACCAGGUGGAUGUUUCAGAGAGAACACAGUUCAGCGAGUCAGAGCCUGCACCAGCAAUGGGAACGCCCUAUAAGUGGAAGAAGAAGUCAAACUUGCUAGACUAUGACAACAAUGGUUACACUUGAGUCGUCAUGGGAAUAAAGACACAGUGUAACAUCAUCUAGGCAGGGUCAGCGGCACCUUCACUGGAGCAAGCUACAAAAAGUUGUGGAUGCUGAAGCGAGCGAUUGUCAUUAAGUGAGAGUAUGGUAAUUCUCUGAAUGUCUGAAUGUCUGUCUCCUUUCCGCUAUUAGCGCGGCAACGUGACGUAUUGUACACAUGUGCCCUGCAAGGAACCUGAGUGUGUCCUUUGUAAAUCCAGCGGCCGGCUACAGCUGGGCCAGCGGCAG